GCAACACUAUGGGACACAAAGAAGGCUACUGUAGCUCGGCAAUUCGUUGGAACGCGAGCAGAAGAAAAAGUGCGAUCAGAAGCGUUACGAUUAUGGAAGUUGGAAGCGGGCGAGGAAGAAGCAUCGAUGUGCUGAUAAAUCGAACUAAGGUGAGAAAGAUGGUGGAUACCGGCGCAGACAUAACCAUCGCUUCAUCGAGAUUAUGGCAACAGAUGGGGGAACCAGUGUUGAAACCAUCAACGAUAAUGGCAAGAACGGCAUCGGGGGAGCAGCUGAAUCUACUUGGGGAGUUUACUGCUAAAAUUACACUAGCCCAACAACGCGAAGAUUGUGUGAUACGAGUGGCCUCGGAGAACCUCUCACUUUUUGGAAGAGAUGCGAUGGACAUUUUCAACCUCUGGAACGUACCGCUGGCAACUGUUUGCAACCAACUGUCUUCGCACAUACACACCGUUUAAACGUAUGGUAACGUGGCUAUAACCAGACCAGAUCCGGCUCCAAAUGUCUGCGCGCAACCGUCCGAUUCGAUACUAGCAAGCGCAGCAGCUACGUGCUCGCCAACACCGCAGGUUCCUUGUCCACCACCAUCAAGAGAGAUUGCCAUACGUUCGGAAACAUUCCCGGAAGACAUGCAUAGUGAGUCUGCGAUGCCAGUGUAGCCUCUACGCCGUUCUUCCCGAACACGAAGAUCGCCGCGUUGGAUGCCUAUGUA